GAACCCAGGGGAAAUUUUUUUGUGGAUUGAAAACUAAAAUCAGUUUUGCGCCUAGCAUUGUGGUCUCCUCCAACUGCUCUUUGGCGCCCUUAGUGGGCCAUGGGCCCCAGGUUGGAACCACUGCCCUAUAUUCUCAGUAGCUUCUGGCACCUAAGUAUCUGUAGCCUCGCUCAAAGACCAAUCUACUUAAUAUCUGAGUGAAUAUGUGACCAUUCUUUGAGCAUAUUUCAUUAAAACAAAGUUAAUGAAGCAUUCAACAGCAUCAUUGUUGUUCCUGAAUUUGGAUUAUAUUAUUCUGGCCAGCUAUGCUUCAUUGAUUUUGUUGUUGAUUUUGAAUGGUACUAAUGUACACUAAGUCUAUUUAUCUUUAAGUAUUGUCUUGUCAGCAAUUUCACGCUUGGUAUGCUUUUAUCUAUUUCAACAAGGGUGGGUUGAUAACGGCGUAUAAGAUUUUGCCUACACUAUUUGGACCUUUUCCAGUUACCCCCACCCCCCCCAAAAAAUAAUAAUAAUAUAUGAAUAUACUCACCCAGUUGGGCUUAGGAAUGCAGAUUGCCCUGGAAAUUCAAAUUUCCAAAUCAUUACCCACCCUAAAUCUAACACCAACUGGUUGAUUUCUAUUUGUUAUUUCAAAAUAGGGCGGGGUAAUAUUAAGGGGGAGGAAUAACUGGGGAAGUUACCAUUAUUUUGUGUGUUUUGCUGUAAUUCUGAUAUUAGGAAAACAACCCACAAAAAAAUCUGCCCAAGAAAUUUCCUACUCAGGAUGUUUCACCAAUUCCAUUCAGAUCAAAUUCAAAGGCUUUAUUUUAGUUGAUUUUUUCUAUAAUGUCAUAUUUUUGUACUGGUAUCAGAAUUUUCUGGGCAUCGGCCUUAUUUACAACCCAAUUUAGUAUGUUGGAUCGCUCUGAAAAAUAGAUUUUUUUUAUGUACACUAUUGUAAAGCCAAAAAAUAAAUGUUAAUUUCCACUCUGCUAAGUUGUGAUCACUAUUUCAUGCAUCAUUGACUUUUGAAUUCAGACCAGGAAUCCCCAUUCCAGCGAUGUACUUCACUCCCUAACAUAUUUUUGCCUAGUUAAAUGUGCUUGCCAAUUGUUAAUAUUUUAUUGAAAUUUCUAUUUGCUGUGCCAUUAUUGUGUAAUAUGAUAAAUUUAUUGUGAUGUCACAUUUAUUAUAGAUGAUUUACUAUUAGCAAACAAUACAAUUUAAACAAGAAUAUGACACCUGUCUUCUGCUAGCUCUAUGUUAUGGCUGCCACUUUAAUAUAGGGAUAGUUUGCUGGUUUUAGAAGUCAGGAUUAUUUCUUGGAAAAAGUGUUAAAGAAAGUAAAUAAAAUGGAAAUUGUAUUUGGGAAACACCAUUGUGAAAUUGGGAUAAAACAUCUGGAUUAUGGGCAAGUCAUCGGUGGAGUGCGAUACGCCCCAUCAGGACUUCUCAAGUUACUGGAAAUGGGUAGAGCAGUCGGAAGCGAGCUAUUCAGAAGAUUAUGCGAUUCAGCAGGGGAAGAACACAACCAUAUGAUUUUCUUAAAAUGGCAGCAAGUAGAAAUAUUGCCUUCGUUUUACAAAAAGGAAGCUGACCCUGACGACCCAACAACAUCUAUCGAUUUUGUAAAUCGGAAGAAAAGGAUGUUCCAUUUUUUUUUGCCAAUCAGUAACACGUCUCGUCGAAUUGAAAACUGGGUUUUUGAUUCAGACACUGGAACACCGAUAAUGACAGCUUCAGUUUUGUCUGUAAAUAUAAAUCCUGAAACUCGCCGUCCGUUACGAUUCAAUAAUUAUUUAAAGAAUUAUUUCAGCCCAAAAAACCUUUCAUUUGCAAAUAUGCAGUUUCAAAAACUGCCGCCUUCAUGCAUGAGCGAAUAUAAAAUGCCAGAUUCUGUGUUGUUUCAUUCGUUACCUACGCAGAUUACAGUCCGUUAUGUUGAUCGUAACGGACACACAAACCAAUCAGCUUACGGUGAUAUCUGCUAUAAUUGUCUUGCUGACGCUAUUUCAAAGAAAGUCUUUUUUCUUUCUGGUUCAAUUUUUGAUUACAAAAUCCGUCGAAUGUCGUUUUUAUAUUUAAAAGAAUCCCUUCUUGGGGAUAAAGUAGAAGCCAUCGUGUGGCAAGAUGGGAGCCAUAAUUGGAAAUUUAAAUUUCAUAUUAAAAAAGACGGGAUUGUCCUUUGUCAAGCUGAAUUUGAGUUUUACCCAGAACUGAAAGCAAAAAUAUAAAUAUUUUUUGGGUACUCGCGUAGUAUGUGUAAAAGCUUAGGGUUAGGCCAUAAUUUUAUUCCGAUUUCCCUUAUUUUAAUUCAUUUCGAGUUCGGGGACUGUCUGUGUUAGCCAAAUGAAUAUCCCCCCUGUCCAUAGGCUUUCGUCCCCUCACACAACUUGAUGUGAAGUAGGCGAACAAAAUUAGUUACCUCCAUAUUGGUACACAUACUUCCGGAGCGCCAUUUUUUGUCUGAAUCAGGGCUGUAGAGCUGAGUUUAGCAUUUUUUCACUACAGUCUUAGCCAGGGUCACAUUUUCAAACAAUACCUUACAAUAAUUUUUGAUAAUUUUUAUACAUUUCUUUAUUCUAUAAUUUUUCUAUAAUUUAUAUAUAUGCAUAUAAGUCUGGCAAUAUAAACGUUCAGAAUUAUUUUCAAAGGUAAAUAGAUUCAAUUUUACUUAAUAAAGUGCUGCUGUAAUCUGUAUCUUGCAAAUAUGAAAGUGCAAUUAUGUAGCCUAUAUUUUUUUAUUAUUGUUCAAUUUUCAUAUCAAAAUAAAUUUUCAAUAAAUUAUUUUUCAUUAAAUAAGAACAAUUGUAUCUAAAAGCCAAAUGCCUUGUUGGGAGUGUCGUUGUAUAAAUUGUUACCAUUUCUUAUAGGCUUGAUACUAUUUCUAUCUCUCUAGCGCCCUCUAUCUUGUAAGCUCCAUCUUUCUAAUUUUUCAGUUUGCACACUGCAAUGUUCACGGUGUGAAAUUGCAAUUAUGUACAAUUUAUCUCUAAUAUUUAAUUUUUCUUAAGUAAAAUAUUUGUUUCUUUUAAUGGAAUAUGGCCUGUCCCAAGUCAGGGCAUGUUAAAAAAUUUCUUUCUUGUGUGUUCUAGCGUAUCAGCCGAUUUUGUUUGUUUAAUAGGCUAAUUAUCAAAAAUGCCCAUUACUAAUGUUACAUCUGGAGCGAGUUGUAAGCAGCACACCGACGCUUGACGGUGUGGCUACACUGCAUUGGCUCAAAUCCUGUUGGGGAUAAUUGUAUGUGGGAAGAUUGCUCUACUCCCUUCCUUUGUAGGGUGGUUCUAGUUAGUAGUUACCACUGGUAGGUUAUCUGGAGCAAAUAACUGGCUGACUAAUCACAUACCCAACAUGGACUGGUUCGCCACAUGAUUAAUCCGUUUUAUUGUUUUUCCUUUCCCCCUGAAUCGCAAGCAUUUUAAAAUUUUCUAUCUUUACAAUGACUGAAUUCACUGUUCUAAUCUGUAAAUUAUAUUAUGAAAGUAUGCAAUCUGGAAUUUUGAUUUUUUAUCAAUUCAGAAUUAAAUUGUAAUUCAAUGUACUUGAUUGAUCCAUAUACUAAUACCUAGAAUAGCUGAGCAUUUUUUUUUGCAAUUUUGUUUACCUCACUGUUUAUCGCAGACGAUGUGACAAAACAUUGUUAGAAGUAGCCUUUUUAAUGAGGUGUUCUCUCUAGACAAGGCUCUGUGGAAGCAACCACUGAUCAUAUAGAGCAGGUGGGGCCAGGGGCCAAAAAUUGUGCCCACCUAGACUGGCGGGCUAUGUAAAUGUGACGUAAAAAGUUACAUUUCAUGAACAAUAUUUACAGUGUUACAAAAGCAAUAAACAAUAGGCCGCGUGCCAAAACUAAAUUUAAUCGCAAUUACAACAAAUUCCUUGGGCUACUUUUUAGCUGAAACAUCAAAAUUUAGUUUUACUUUGGUUGUGGCAGGCGGUAGCAUCGGGCGGGCCAGAUUGAAUUACCCAACAGGCUGGACGGAUUUGGCUCGUCGACCGUAGUUUGUCAGAUAUAGAACCAAGAUUUUUGGAACGACAAGAAUUCAGUUAAUGACAUCUUAGGAAAUGUGUUUGAACAUUUUAUCUUCAAAAAUAUCUUUAACUCAUGGCAACAACAUACGGUAAUACAGUGUUUCCCCGAAAAUAAGACCUAGCCUGACUUUUAAAAAUGAUUUUAAUAUAAGUCCUCCCCUCAAAAAAAGACUUACGGUAGCCAACAGCGCAAAUUUUUUUUGACCAAGUCGGAAAUCUCUCCUACACGUUUUAAAAGAUUAAAAAUCUUGAUUAGAAGUUUUUUGAAAAUAAAAACAUGUUAUUUACCGGUGUAUAUGAAUGGAUAUAGGUUUUCAUAUUUUGUAUAUGCAAAAAUAUAGUAAUUCUCUUCAUUGUAAUUUUGUUUUUGAUAAAUAAAAAUAACACACAUUCCCCAAAAUGAAAAAAAAUUGGAAAAAGGACCGUCUCAUUUUCGGGAAAACACGGUAAUUGCUUCUUUACUUGUACCGCUCGAACUACUAUACAAUACCUCCACCUUAUGAUAUGAUUAUGAAGAUCGUUUUCUAAUUUCUCAAUGUUGAUUCCUUUCCAUAGUAAUAGACUAGCGUUGGUAUAUUAAUAAACACUUGAGGGCGCAAUGGAUGUUGUGUUUGGUAAAACUCAUUGUGAAGUCGGACUCCAACAUCUUGACUACGGACAUAUCAUCGGUGGAGCUUUUAUUUAAUUAUACAUAUGUCGCAUCAUGGAUUUUGUCAAAGGUAAAACUCAUACUGAAAUUGGACUGCAACAUUUGGAUUAUGGGCAUGUCAUCGGUGGAGACUUCGUCGUUUCACCGUUCAGCAUAUUAAAAAACUUGCAAUUUUCGAGAGGUUUGUCUUUUGACCUCAAUCAUGAAUUGAUGAAAAAAAACGGUCUUCGCCAAAAUUUGAUGACGUUCAUUAGAUGGCAACAGAUGGAAUAUCUUCCUUCUUAUUAUAAAGGAGAUUCUGGCACGAUCCCGAGAUAUAGAGCAUUGAUAGAACGCCCUUAUCGUUUAUUUCACUACAAUUUGCCUAUUGGGAAAACAUCUCUCAAUUUUGAAAAUGUCAUGGUGGAUAUGGUUACUGAAAAACCAGUGGUUUGUGCUACUGGGAUGUUCGUUAAUAUUGACCCUGAAAAAAGAAGGCCAGCACCAUUUCCAAAAUGUCUACAAGAUCAUUAUACUGAGGAAAAUUGUGAGAAAAUUCCGUUUACUUACCAAAAAAUGGAACCAAAAUGCUCUGUUAAAUACGAUAAGCCUCAAAAUGUUGUGUCGCAUAACUUAAUGAGCAAAGUUGUAAGUCGAUUAGUGGAUGCAUUCAAACACAUGAAUGACUGUUCUUAUGUUAUUCUUUGUUUUGAUUGCCUUUCUGAUGCAAUUAUCAGCAAUGUUUUCUUGUUAAAGGGUUCAAUUAUGGAUUAUAGAAUCCGUCGUGUGUCUUUGCUUUAUCUAAAAGAAUGUGUAUUGGGUGAUAUCAUCAACACAGUAGUUUGGCAAAGUGAGCAAAGUAAAUGGCAGUUUAAGUUUCAUGUCAUGAAAAAUGAUGAAGUCCUCUGCCAGGCUGAAAUAGAAUUUUUCACAAAUGAUUUCACUUUUAAAUUAUAAUUAUUUAAGUUCAAUUUUAAAUUAUUCAAUUACAGUGUUCACAAUUUCGAGCAAUGAAUUUAAUUUUUGCCUAUGAUCAUCGCUGCCACCUAGAGAGCAAAUCUUAAGCAAUCGAGCCAUAUUUGCAGGGAUGUGCGGUCCUUGUCAUCUUCGGCACCCAACCUUAAAAUUCUUAUGAACAAAGGGAUACCUUGUUUUUUUAUUAAAAAAGAACACUAGGGCUUACUUUGGGGGGUGUUUUUUAUUACAAAGUAGAGGAUUACGAGAUAUUCAAAUAAACAAAAUAUGAAAACUGAUAUCCUUUUACUUAUAAAUAACGGUUCCAUUACAUUUGAACCCAAGUACAUUUGAACCCAUGACAAUUGCACCUGCAUACUAUUGCACCUAUAGAAA